AUGAUGGCUUAAAGAAAUAAAUUUAUUAAAAUGAGUGAAGUUUCAUGUUCUUUGAUGUAAAAAGCCUUCUAGUUUAAAUUAUAUUACAAUAAAUUUUGAUUAAUAAAAUAAGUUUGAUUGCCCCAAUAACAAUAAUCACCUAGAGAUAUUGGUCUAUAUAGAUAAUGCUAAAGAUUUUAACCUAAGGAACGAUCUCCAUAGCCUAAUGUAUAGGAUGCUACUAUAUAUGUUAGACUUCGUAAAUAAGGAUUAAUUAAAAAUAAAGCUUUAAAAUAUUGUUUAGCUGAUCAUUGUAAAAUAGAUGUUUCAUUAACAAAAUAUGGACCACCUAAUUAUAAAAUAUUCUCAACUUCUUUAGAUAAAAAAAACAUAAUCAAGGGUUGGUAAAUGGUAGGAAAACCUAAGGAGUUGAAAUAUUAAAAAUUUAUAAAGGCAAAAGAAGAUGAUGAAAUAAUACAAUUUUAAAAUAAAGAAGAGUAAAUUAAAUUUCAAAGAUUAAAAGAUUAUUUUAUUGGGAUAGCAAAUCUAAUAAAAAAAUAGAACUUCCUAAAUUUUAAAUGGGAAAUGGAAAAGAAAAUUACUUUGAAUUAGCAGAUUAUUAUUAGUAAACCAAGCCUUUGUCUAGGACUUUGAUUACUGAAACUAAAUCCUUUGAUGAUAUUAUACCUAAGUAAAGAAGAAAAGAAUUUAGAAUAGAACCAAAAGUUGAUAGAUCUACUAUUAAAAGAAUUGAAGAAGAAAAAGGAAUUAAAUAAAGAUUAAAAAUUUUAAAUUAAUUGAUUUAAACCUAUAAGGUAUCAAAAUAUCCAGAUGGUCCUUCUAUUGAAUUAGUAUUAUCAUUUGUUAUUAAGGUUUUAGACCAUUAUAAUCCAAAAUUGA